AUGGGUCUUCAGUUCGAGCAACGUUCCGCGCACUUCGCCCGUUUUACGGUCGCGAUGAUCGUCCUGCCGAGUCGACUAUCCGUCGAUUGGUGGACAAAUUCGAGUCAACCGGGUCAGUUAACAAUCAGCCGGUUCCCGUGCGUCAACCCUGCACCGUACAAGAUCCAGCUGACCCAAGAGCUCAAGGUUAAUGACCAUAGACAGCGCCGUGUGUUCGCUGACUGGGCAUUAGAGCAGUUGGAAGUUGACGCCGAUUUUGGCAAAAAAAUCAUCUUCAGCGACGAGGCGCAUUUUUGGAUGAAUGGCUAUGUCAACAAGCAAAAUUGCCGUAUUUGGGAUGAGACCAAUCCACACGAGGUACACCAAGUGGCAAUGCACCCGCAGAAAGUGACUGUUUGGUGCAGAUUUUGGGCCGGAGGCGUGAUUGGUCCGUAUUUUUUCGAAAACGAUAAUGGUGUGGCCGUCACCGUCAAUGGUGAGCGAUACCGGUCGAUGAUAACCAACUUCUUUUGGCCUGAAAUCGAGAAUAUGGAUCUGGACAACGUGUGGUUUCAACAGGACGGCGCUACGUGCCACACAGCACACGCUACGAUGGAAGUUCUGCACGAGCAAUUUCUGGACAUGGUCAUCUCGCGCGGAGGCGACGUGAACUGGAAACCGAGAUCGUGCGAUUUGACCCCGCUGGACUUUUUCUUGUGGGGUUUUCUUAAGUCGCAGGUCUAUGCCAACAAGCCGCAAACCACCGAUGCCCUCAAAGUCAACAUACGCCACGCCAUCGAUCAAAUACAGCCCGAUUUGUGCGCCAGAGUCAUCGAAAAUUUGACCUUUCGUGUGCGCGCCACCAACCGAAGCCGUGGCGGUCAUUUGAAUGAUGUCAUAUUCCAUACAUAA